CCGUCUCUCCCACCGUGUCUCUCUCUCUCUUCCCCAUUUCGCUGCUUUGUUUUCAUUGUCGCUCUUGUGAUCAUGGCUGCUCACUCUACCGAAGAACCGUUCCCCUUCCACGGCCUGCUCCCCAAAAAAGAAACCGGCGCAACGUCCUAUCUCACCCGGUUCCCCGAGUACGAUGGCCGAGGGGUGCUCAUCGCCAUCCUCGACACCGGCGUGGACCCCGGGGCCCCCGGCAUGCAGGUCACACCUGAGGGGAAGCCAAAGAUCAUCGACAUCAUCGAUACAACAGGCAGCGGUGACGUGAACAUGACCACAGUGGCAGAGCCUAAAGAUGGGACAAUCGCUGGCCUUUCUGGUAGAACGCUUAAGAUUCCUCCUGCCUGGGUCAAUCCAUCAGGGAAGUUUCGCAUUGGAGUUAAAAAUGGCUAUGAGUUCUUCCCUAAGGCUCUCAAAGAAAGAAUACAGAAAGAGCGUAAGGAGAAGAUGUGGGACCCACCACACAGAUCAGCGCUUGCUGAGGUCUCUCGCAAGACGGAAGAGUUUGACCUCUCUCACCCAACACCCUCACAGAUGGAGAAGUUGCAGAAAGAAGAGCUGCAGAGUCAAUCAGAGCUGCUGGCAUCACUAGAAAAGAAGUACAGCGAUCCCGGUCCUGUAUAUGACUGUGUGCUUUGGCACGACGGAGUCACAUGGAGGGCUGUAGUUGACACUUCAGAGUGUGGAGAGCUGUCCCAGUGCACUGUGCUGUGCUCGUACAGAGAGACGCAAGAGUAUGCCACGUUAGGAAUUGCUGAGAUGCUUAACUACUCUGUCAAUAUUUAUGAUGAGGGAAACACACUCUGCAUCGUCACCAGUGGAGGGGCUCAUGGGACACAUGUGGCAAGCAUUGCAGCAGGUUACUUCCCAGAGGAACCUGAGCGCAACGGUGUGGCCCCCGGUGCCCAAAUCCUCGCUCUAAAGAUUGGAGACACCCGACUUAGCACCAUGGAAACUGGCACAGGACUCAUCCGUGCGAUGAUUGAAGUCAUCAACUACAAGUGUGACCUGGUUAACUAUAGCUACGGGGAAGCAACCCACUGGCCCAAUUCGGGGAGGAUUUGUGAGGUGAUCACAGAGGCAGUGCAGAAGCAUAACGUGAUGUUUGUUUCGAGUGCGGGGAACAAUGGCCCGUGUCUCUCCACGGUCGGCUGCCCUGGGGGAACCACCGGCAGUGUCAUAGGAGUUGGAGCAUAUGUGACUCCAGACAUGAUGGUGGCAGAGUAUUCCCUGAGGGAGAAACUGCCUCCCAACCAGUACACCUGGUCGUCCAGGGGCCCCAGUACAGACGGGGCCCUGGGGGUCAGCAUCAGUGCCCCUGGCGGCGCCAUUGCAUCUGUACCCAACUGGACUCUCCGUGGUACCCAGCUGAUGAACGGCACAUCCAUGUCGUCUCCUAAUGCCUGUGGAGGCAUCGCACUAAUCCUCUCAGGACUGAAGCAGAACGGCAUUGUUCCCUCUGUUCCUGCGGUCAGGAGAGCGCUAGAAAACACAGCUCUGAAGGUUGACGACAUUGAGGUGUUUGCACAGGGACAUGGAAUUAUCCAGGUGGACAAGGCAUUAGACUACCUCACUCAACACGCCUCUUUACCCACAAGCCACCUAGGCUUCUCAGUAAGUGUGGGAACACAAAGAGGUAUCUACCUCAGGGACCCAGCCCAAAUUCUUGCACCCUCAGAUCAUGGAGUCGGGAUUGAACCCAUCUUCCCAGAGAACACAGAGAACUCUGAGCGAAUCUCCUUGCAGCUACACUUGGCACUCACAUGUGCUGCCCCAUGGGUCCAGUGCCCCUCCCAUCUAGAGCUGAUGAACCAGUGUCGCCAUGUCAACGUCCGCAUCGAUCCUGUGGGACUGAGAGAGGGAGUGCACUACACGGAGGUAUGUGGGUAUGAUACAGCAGCACCUACCUGUGGCCCCCUGUUCAGAGUUCCAAUCACAGUUAUUAUCCCCGCCAAAGUGACUGAUAGUCGUAAUCAGGAGAUGUCUUUCACAGACGUCCACUUCAGACCAGGCCAGAUCAGACGCCACUUCAUCGCUGUUCCUCAGGGAGCCUCCUGGGCAGAGAUCACACUGACCUCUCAUUCGGGUGAUGUGUCGUCAAAGUUUGUUCUCCAUGCGGUUCACUUGGUCAAGCAGAAAGCGUACAGAGCUAAUGAAUUCUACAAGUUCUCUUCGCUGUUGGAACGAGGCUCAUUAACUGAGGCUUUCCCUGUGCUGUCAGGUAGGGUAGUAGAGUUGUGCAUUGCACGCUGGUGGGCGAGCCUGGGUGACGUCACUGUGGACUACAGCAUCUCGUUCCAUGGACUCAGCACUUCCCCUUCACCCCUGCACAUACAUGCCUCGGAGGGAGUGACGAGCUUUGAUGUUUCGUCGCCUCUGAGGUACGAGGAGGUGUCCCCCACUAUCACCCUCAAGUCUUGGGUUCAGCCUCUCAGGCCCUUAAGUUCAAAGAUAAAAGCCCUGGGAAUGAGGGACGUUCUGCCUAACAACAGACAACUCUAUGAGAUUGUCCUCACCUACAGCUUUCACCAGCCUAAGAGUGGGGAGGUUACCCCCAGCUGUCCAUUGCUGUGUGAGCUGCUGUAUGAGUCAGAGUUUGACAGUCAGCUCUGGAUGCUGUUUGAUCAGAACAAGAGAUUACUGGGCUCCGGGGACGCCUACCCACACCAGUAUUCUCUGAAGCUGGAAAAGGGGGACUACACUGUGCGUCUGCAGGUCCGCCACGAGCAGUCCAGCGAGCUGGAGCGCCUUAAGGACCUGCCGUUUGUGGUUUCUCACCGUCUGUCCACCACACUCAGUCUAGAUGUCUUUGAGACACACCGUGCUGCCCUCAUGGCCAAGAAGAAGGCAAACUCUGUUACCUUGUGCCCGGGUGCCACACAGCCAUUCUAUGUCACGGCUCUGCCUGACGACAAGAUCCCAAAGGGAACGAGUCCAGGAUGCUAUCUCUCUGGCUCCCUGGUUGUCCCCAAGAGCGAGUAUGGCAAGAAAGCAGGGCAGGCCUCUGCAAAACGACAAGGAAAGUUUAAAAAGGAUGUUGUUCCAGUCAUCUACCACCUAAUUCCUGCUCCCAACAAAACAAAGAACGGAGGGAAGGAGAAGGACAAGGAAGGAGACAAAGAGAAAGACGUGAAGGAGGAGUUUGCAGAAGCUAUGAGAGACUUAAAGAUUCAGUGGAUGACAAAGUUGGACUCCAGCUCCAUUUAUGAUGAACUGAGGGAAAACUACUCGGAUUACCUUCCCCUGCACGUGCAAAGACUGCACCAGCUGGACUCUGAAAAGGAGCGUGUAAAACGUCUCAGAGAGGUGUUAUCAGCGGCUGACAUUGUCAUCUCCAGCAUCGACCAGACGGCUUUGGCUGUUUACCUCACCAUGAAGACAGACCCUCGGCCUGAUGCUGCUUCCAUCAAGACUGACAUGGAGAAGCAGAAGUCGUCUCUGCUGGACGCUCUGUGUAGGAAGGGCUGCGCUCUGGCGGACCAGCUCCUGCUGCCCCCUGCGCCGCAGGACGGCGCCAUUGCUGUCACCACGGGACAAACGGCAGCAGAGGAGGUUGUGGAACAGGUGGCCAGCAGUUCUGACGACACCCUGCAGAACGUGGCUAAAGCCCUGAUGGAUACAUUUUGGGAGGUUCAGAAGUGGGCGGAGCUAACUGACUCCAAGGUGUUGAUGUUUUCAUACAAACACGCUCUUGUGAACAAGAUGUAUGGCCGAGCCUUAAAAUACGCCUCAAAGAUGUUGGAGGAGAAGCCCAGCAAAGAGAACAUGAGGAACUGCAUCCAGCUCAUGCGCCACCUUCGAUGGACACACUGCGCCACCUUCAGCGAGAACUGGCUCCCUGUCAUGUACCCCGCAGACUACACGCCAUUCUAAGAGCACACACACACACAAGCACACACACAAGCACACACACCCGCAUGAGCAGCAUGGCCACACACGGUCCAUUACAUGGUUACUUCGAUAUCAUGUCCCUCAGGGUCCCAUGGUCUAUGCAUCUGGUUUUUCAAAAUACAAACACCAAAAUGAAGGACAACGCUGAGUGUAAAUGGUGUGGUGUCUUUGACACCUUUAAGGCAAAUCCUGUCUUUAAAUGUGUUGUUGAACAUCACAUUUAUGCUCAAAAUCUUGCCACGGCGUGUUGAUACUGUAGCUCAAUGCUUUCUUUGCUGGGCGUUGUCCUCUAUUUUGGUGUCAUCUUUGAAGGCUUUCACAUGCACCCAUUCUCAGCUGUCCGGACUCCAUAUCAUACAAAAAAAACAAACUGUCUUGUGUAAAUACUGUAAAAGGGCCAGUGUGGACUUUAAAGACUUUAAGUCUUUAAAAAAAAAAAAAAAAAACCUGUUCCCCCAUCUACUCACUUUCAAAAAAUCGACAGCAGGAGAAAAACUGGCCAUUAUGAUACUUCAGUGAGAAGACAGGAGGACUUGCUGCUGCACAAUGUUUGGAUAUAUGAGGGCACGCAGACUCUGCCUGAUCCCUGAAUUGAAAGGGAGGCUUGGACAGAACUUACUAUCUUUUUUUUUUUUCUUUGUGUUUUGGUUGUUCCAGCCAGGCCGGGUUGAUAAAGUUAACAUUUAGUCUUGUCUGUCUUUUUAGGCUCUGACUCGUGUGUACACAGUCUCAAAACACAAAACAGUGUUGAGGUGCCUUUCUACAUGUACCUUACCUUCUUCUGAUGGGAUUAUAGACCGUAAGCGGGUUUUGACCACCGGAAGUUGCAGAAUCAGUAGCUUCAGUCAGCGCUCAGCCGCUUGCAGUCAUUUCACCCAUCAGCCUUUUGGUGUCAAAUGUGGAUUUAUAGCUCGUAUCGGUAGUAUGAUGCAUCUGUUCGCUGUAUGCAGGCUGUCAGUGACUUGUCAGGUAAUAGGAAGCCACAAACACACUUUCUCGGCUUCUGCUUACGUCCAGAGGUGUUUGCCCACCCACUUCAUACUACUGUUUACCUGAGCGGCACAUUUGACGACCAUCUAACAGACCUCACUAACAUAACAGAUGCAGUUGUGGGCAGCGUUAGGAUGUUCAGAUCAGAUUUCAUUGUAAAAUGGUUACACAGUGUUAGACAUUUUUCUGCAGCAUUCAGAAUGUUGCAUUUGUACACAGUGUCAUAAAAUAAUGUACAUACACAUAACGUAACAAAUAUUAAGAUGCAAUAGGUAUAUAAUACAAAUAUUAUUCUAAUUGAUGUAUUUUGCAUAUAUGCAUGUCUUCUAGGAUGUAAGAAAAAAAAAAAGUUUUAUUUGGAAGCAGAUUUUAGUUUGUUUCAAUUUGAAAGAUUUUUAAUCCCAAACAAGAUUCUGACGAUAUCCACUGUUGUUAUUUUCAUGAGUGUGUGUCUGUGAAUGACUUUACGUGUAAUUGUGAGCAUAUUUGUGUACAUGCACAUUUCUUCACAACAGAACUGAAAUAAUAGCCAUUUAAAGUGG